AUGAUCACAGGGAAGAACUUAAAUAAUAGAGGAAGAUCAAAAUGGUCAUUAGCCCUCUGAAUUUUACUUUUAGCUACUCUUGUAGCAGCUAAUGAAACAGUCUGUCAAACUAAUCAAGACUGUAACGAUAGAUAUCACUGAAAUACCUGCAAGCAGGAGUGAGAAAGAGACGAUUUGUUCCCACUAGCUCCAUUCGAUUACUUCGGAAUUGUAAUCAUGGCUAUUCUGAUGUCCUUAUCAAUAGCCGCUGGAAUUGGCGGAGGAGAGAUAAUCGUACCAAUUAUCAAGAUUUGCUUUGGGUUUGCCCAAAAAGAAGCAUCUCCCAUAUCUCAGUGUUGCAUCAUGAUGGCAGGCAUCACUAGGUUUAUCAUAAACUACAGGAAGAAACAUCCUCACAGGAACAAAGUACCUAUUGAUUACAAUGCUGCGAUGAUCCUGUUGCCAGCAAUCUUCUUUGGCGCCAGUCUUGGACACAUGCUGCAUAAGUUAAUGCCCAAUCUGCUCCAAGAAGUCUUGCUCACUGCUGUCCUCGUCUAUUAAGUGUUUGAGAGCAUUAAGAAAGGUAUUACGAUCUGGAAGUAAAGAGUCUGAAGAAAAAGCCGAGGAAGAACCGACUGAGGAGGAAUCUCAAGAGGGCAACAGCAAUUUCCAGAUUACUCACCUAAUUGGGUUUGAAAUGAAAGAGAUAAGCCACUGGCAAUUCGGUAAACUCAUUCCGAUCUGGCUAGUCUUAGCUGCACUGAUAGGCCAGGCCAUCAUAAGAGAUAGUGGCCUCUUUGAAAUCAAGGAAUGUAGCUUGACUUACUGGGGUAUUUAUAAGGCAUACGUUUUGUGUUGAGGAUUAGCAUUGGUCAUCGCAUUCAUAAAAAUCCGAAAAUAUUAACAAAGAAGUUUUAUGCAGACUGUAAAAAAGUGUCCAUACCUAUGAAACAAACUAGUCAAAAUCAGACAUGCCUUUGCCAGCCAUUACCAGAAGUUUUCUGACUGCUUUAAACCUAUUCAAUCUGGUUUCCAACUUGUAUAUGGAGGCUCAGAAGAAAGUUUAUGGUGAAAAUCUGCCAAAAGGCGAGGUACAAUUCAAUAACAAGAAAAUUGUGGCAAUUGUCGGAUUUCAGUCCUCUCAGGGUGCAUUGCAUCGAUCAUCGGAGUUGGGGGUGGGGUAAUAUACCUACCAAUGCUGUUGAUUAUAGGCUAUCCUCCCUUCGUAGCUUCCUCCACUUCAGUAUUUAUGGUGAUGUACUCUGCCGCAGCCAACUUUAUCUCCUACGCAAUUGCUGGAGAAGCUAAUCUGCAGUACUCUUUGUGGUUAGGCCUAUGGACUUGAGCUGGCGUCGUCGCUGGAGUCACAG